UUAUUUUUGUUAGGCAUUGUGAGCAAGAGAUUGAAUUGGAACUGCCUAAAAAUGCGUGAUAUACAGAUAUUGGAUCCCAGAAAUCUGGUUAAAAACCGGGAAAUACUAUAUAGAUUGAUCAUAAGCCAACUUAUGUAUGAUGGUUUGGAAAAAUUUGCCAUGGAAUUGUCCAUGUUGGUUAAGGCAGAUGAGUGUACACCCAGCGAACGUCUUUUACAUGUAAUGAUAGCAGGCAUGCAGACUUUGUCCGACAAGGAACCAGCACCUAAAGAUGAUGUGCUGCCAUGCAUAGACUUGGAGUUUGAACCUGAUGCUGCCGCUAUGGCUCCGGAACCGGCUUCGUAUGAAACCGCUUAUGUGACAUCACACAAAGCUUCAUGCAGGGCGGGAGCUUUCAGCCAUGAUGGUUCUUUGGUUGCAACUGGUAGUCAAGAUGCUAGCAUUAAGAUUUUGGAUGUGGAACGUAUGUUGGCCAAAUCAGCACCCGAGGAAAUCGAUACAGGGCGAGAGCAACAAGGUCAUCCGGUUAUACGCACGCUUUACGAUCACACGGAUGAGGUAGCAUUUUUGGAGUUUCAUCCAAAGGAGCACAUACUAGCCUCAGGUUCUCGAGAUGGAACGGUAAAGUUAUUUGACAUUGCCAAGCCCUCUGUGAAAAAGGCUCAUAAGGUAUUUACGGAUUGUGAACCAGUAACAUGUUUGGCCUUUCAUCCGACGGGUGAUUAUAUGGCAAUUGGAACGGAACAUUCUUUACUAAGAGUUUAUGAUGUCCAAACAGCUCAAUGUUUUGUUAGUGCAAUAGCAUCGCAGCAUCAUAAUGGUUCCAUAACUUGUGUACGCUUUGCUCCUACUGCAAAAUUGUAUGCCAGUGGAAGUAUUGAUGGUUGUAUUAAAAUUUGGGAUGGGGUAAGUGGUCGCUGUAUCAAUACCAUACCGGAUGCGCAUGGUGGUGCUGAAAUAUUUUCGGUACAAUUUACCCGGAAUGGAAAGUAUUUGCUAUCUUCCGGCAAAGACUCGUUGGUUUAUCUUUGGGAAUUAUGUACUAGUCGUCCCAUUCAAACAUAUACUGGCGCUGGCACAACUGGCAAACAGGAGCAUAACACCCAAGCCGUAUUUAAUCAUACAGAAGAUUAUGUGCUCUUUCCCGAUGAAGCCACGACAUCUUUGUGCUCUUGGAAUUCUCGCAAUGGUAGCCGUUUGAAUCUAAUGUCUUUGGGCCACAAUGGUCCUGUACGUUUCAUAACACAUUCACCUAAUUCACCAGCAUUCCUUACAUGUUCCGAUGAUUUCCGUGCAAGAUUUUGGUAUAGACGUACAACUAACCAGUAGACUGUAAAGCGAAUUGAAUAAUCUUUAUGGAACAAUGCUAUGUAUGUGUUUAGUUUAAGACUUCAAAUAUAAAAUUAAAUAAUGACUUUAA